AUGCUCAAGAUACUUAAUGGUCUGAAAAUGCGAUAAUUUCCAAUUCAAAGGUUUAUAUUGGUCAACCAGAUCUUAAUCGUAUCAUUGUUUUCCAUACGCAACAAUUAAACGUUGUCCAUGUUAUUGGAACUGACCCAAGACCUAAUCAUCUUUGGCUGGUUCGAGGAGAAGUUGAAGAUCGCAUUUGGAUUCUUAAUUCUGGAACAGACGAUUUAAUCGGAGGUAAAAUUAUUAAUUCUGAACCUGAAAACUUUGGCUGGGAUUCAAUCUCUCGAGAUCAACAACGACACAAUAGGAAAACUGUCUAAAUAAUCCGAAUAACCCAAUCAGGCCGAAAUCAUAAUGUUAUCCAUCUUCAACCGAUUGAUGGUCAUUUUGAUUUAUAAUCUUUUCAACCAAUUCUUGGUCAACAUAUUCCACAAUUCAUCAAGUACUAGUCCAGUAUCAACAACAAUUAUUGUCCAAAAAGUAACAUCAAGUGGUCUAGAGUUUCUCUACGUUCGAACUACUCUUUCAAUCGUAAAUUGCGAUUUCGUUUGGAAGAAUGGAAACUAUGACGCUCUUCUAGCAUCAGGAACAAUUAAUCGUGAAGAUUUACUCUAUUUAUCUCUAAUUGAUGAAAGAUUUGAAUUAAUCAGUGGCAUCGGUCGUCCUUCUAAAGGAUCACAUAGAUCAAUGGCCGUUUCCAGAAUAUCAUCAAUCGGAGCAAUAACAUCAUCGGAAAGUGUAUUUGUCGUCGAUCUAAAUAGUAACAUGGUCCAAUGUGAGACUCAAGAACAUCGUCAAGAACCAUCGGUUAUAUUGUGGACUUAAAAGUCACAAUUAACAAACGUCCAAAAAUUUUAAUUUCUCAAUUAGUAAACAAUUUAUUAACCAAUUGCGGUAUAACCCUGACGAGGAAAAGUGAUUAACAAUAACAGUGGUAUAAGGUUAGGAUUGAAAUCUCCUGAAAUGAAUGAUAAUCAAGUUUUACAAAACAAUUAAUCAU